CGCCGGGCACGCGCCCCUGCUCCCUCGGCGUGCCCUCCCCCUCCCCCUCCCGGGCCAUGUCGGUAACGGCGGCGGGGGGUGCUGCGGGCUUGGCUGGGGGCCCCGGCCCCGCGCAGCCCCCUCCCCCGCCGCCCCCCACGGGCCCCCGGAUGCGGCGCAGCGCCGCCAGCUCCCCCACGGCCCCGGGCGCCGGCCGCCUGCUGCAGCCCAUCCGCGCCACGGUGCCGUUCCAGCUGCUGCGCGGGGGGCCCAGCCCCCCGGCCCCUGACCCCCCGCGGCCCCAGGGCCGGCCCCGGCGCAGGAGCGGUUCCCCGGAGCCCCGAGCGGACAGGCCAAGAUCUCAGCAAGUGAGAACUUCCAAUUCAAUAAGACGAACCUCUUCUUUGGAUACCAUAACAGGACCUUACCUCACAGGGCAGUGGCCCCGGGACCCCCAUGCCCACUACCCAUCGUGCAUGAAAGACAAAGCGACUCAGACCCCGAGCUGUUGGGCUGAAGAGGGGGCAGAGAAGAAAUCCCAUCAGCGGUCAGCAUCGUGGGGCAGCUCGGAUCAGCUGAAAGAGAUCGCCAAGCUGAGACAGCAGCUGCAGCGCGGUAAGCAGAGUAGUAACCGGCACAGCCACCGGGAGAAAGACCGCCACUCACCUCUACACAGCAACCCCGCGGCCAGCAGCCAGACUCAGGUUGUUGGCUCAAGAUCGGUCUCUAUGCCUCUGUCCAAUAUCUCAGCACCAAAGUCCGCUGUUUCACGGGUACCCUGCAACGUAGAAGGAAUCAGCCCAGAGCUAGAAAAGGUGUUCAUUAAAGAAAAUGGUGGGAAGGAGGAAGGAGGCAAGCCCCUGGACAUUCCUGAUGGCCGCCGCGCCCCACUGCCCGCCCAGUAUCGCAGCAGCAGCAGCAGCGGCACUCGCAGUGUAGACACGCAGACGCCAUCGGUGCCAGAGCGCAGCAGCAGCUGCAGCAGCAGCCACUCGCCCUGUGUGUCUCAGGACGGCAGCCCGUGCUCCACUGAAGACUUGCUCUAUGACCGAGAUAAAGACAGUGGGAGCAGUUCGCCGCUACCGAAAUACGCCUCCUCUCCCAAACCCAACAACAGCUACAUGUUCAAGCGGGAGCCGCCGGAGGGGUGUGAGCGAGUGAAGGUCUUUGAGGAGAUGGCCGCUCGCCAGCCCAUCUCAGCCCCUCUCUUUUCGUGUCCUGACAAAAACAAGGUGAAUUUCAUCCCAACCGGCUCCGCCUUCUGCCCUGUAAGGCUUCUGGGCCCUCUCCUGCCAGCCUCAGACCUGAUGCUCAAGAGCUCUCCAGGCUCCAGCCAGAGCCCGAUACUAAGCGCCUUGACCGUCGAGCAGCUCUCAGCACGGGUGGCCUUCUCGUCCCUGUCAGAUGAUACCAGUGUCGUGGACUCGGUAGCGGAGGUCACGAUCCCACCGCCGUGCCCAGCCCCGCUACCCCCGCCACCAAACGAGUGUCAGGCUGAGGAGUGGGCCUCGUCUCAGAACUACGUGGCCAUCUAAGCAGGGGAGCAGGCCCUCGCCCUCGGAAGCCCGGUCAGCAUGGCCACUCGGAUGUCUGCAUGGAGGGUGACGCCUUUCUGGACAGAACAGAGGACGUGUCAGCAUCCCGGAGGAUCUUCUAUCACUGUUCUUGAUGGGGACAGGCCUUGAGUUGAGCCUUUUGUUAUUUUUACUUUUUUAUGGGAAACAGAGAUGCAGAGCGUGUGGAUCGUUGAGCAUUUUCAGGGGAGACUGUGCGUUUCCUCGUGUGUCUGACCAGACGAGGGCCGUGUCCUGGGUCUGCUGCAGUCCUUCUGCAUCAGAAAGUUGCCGUCUGGCUGGGGUGUGUCCUGUGCUGAGGACUGAGCCAGGUGUUUGUGACGCGCACGGCGCACACGCCGCCAGACGCACAAGAGCCCUUCCCUGCUGUGGCGCCUCGUUUCAGGUACUCAGCCGAAGUCUAACUCAGGUAACUUGGAAUGUGAAUCCUGUCUGCAAAGACAAGGUGUCCCGGUGACAUCUCUGCAUCAAUCUUUCCUCAUUCCAUUCCACCGAGGAGGGUGAUCCUGGGCAGGGGCAGCCAGCGGCAGGAGCCGGUGUCCCCUUCUCAGGUGGCAGCAGGAGGAUGGGGUCGAACGGGGCAUUCCUCAUGACUCUGGCAAGGUUGAGAACAAGGUUUCCAGGAGGGACGCUCCACGCGGUGCGCACCCCAGUGGCAGGGAUUUUACAGGGGACGGUGAGGAGCGCUCACUCACGUCUCCAGCAAAUUCGUGUUGAGUUUCUCUUUUUGGAAAUUGUCCCUUCGUUUUCUGGCUAAAAAGGAACAGGCUUCUGGUUGCUCACCUCCACCCUCUCCAGCUUGAGCGAAUUAAGCGACAUUCGGGCCCAGAGAGGGUUCUGUUCGGGGACGAGCUGGAAAAGGAGUCAGCCGAGGAUUCUUUGGUGACUUCGGGCGGCAGCUGGAAGCGCAUUCCCUUAGCCCCAUCUCUCUGUAUCUUUUGUCAGGGGUCAUUUCUGCUGUUCUCCUCCAGGUGGGAAGCAUAAGGCAGGGUAGGAAGCCCUGGGCAGACAGGAUCUGAGCCGGGCGUCUUCGGAAUCAUACUCUGGGCUCCAGGGAAGCCGGCUGCAUUGGCUCCUGCUCCUGGUGAAGGUUGGAAAGGGAUGAGGACAGUGAGGGAAAGGGCCUGUGUGUGUGGGAGGGAGGGGGGUGUCAGCCAUCCCAAUGCUCCUUUUCUUCCUCCCCUAACAUCAGCUGCCGCUUUCUCCUCCCAAGGCAUAUUCUGGUUUUAUGAUAGCAGUCGGAUGGCGUUCAACCAGAAGACACUUUCAUGGAGCGAAGGACCCUGUCGUUUUCAGUGGGAACCGUUGAAAACCAUUUUUUCAGAUCUCUUUCACCCUAAAGUUCUCAGGCCUUGAUGAAGAGGAGAGGGAAGAAGGGAGCAAAGGCCAGUUGGGCGGUGUGUCUGGGAGCUCCACCGUCCAUCCUUGCUGCUCUGCCUGCCUGUCUGUCCAGGGCUGAGGGAGGAGGAGGAGGAGGAGGCGGAGGCCAGGGUUGGGGCAAGGAGGUGGGGGGAGGGGGAACAACUGAAUUUCCCUGAUGGAUGAGAUUUGUGGUGACGCUCCACGCAUUCCUUUUCCCACGAGAAGCUAAAUAUUACUUGUGCUGCCCGUUUGUUCCUAGUAUAUCUGAGGGUUUUGGACGUGCUGUGUUGGAGCUUCUGCUUUUCCAUGUAAAUUCGCAGGAAGCUUUGGAGCUCAGAUGUCCCCCCCCUUGGGCUUGGAGACGUCUCGGACGUGGUUUCAGUUUUGUCCGUCGCUGUCCUGGGAAGCCCGGUUACUGGACGCUGAGGCUUUCCUUAUGCGAGGACAGAUGUGGCUUUUGUUUGGUACUUUUCCAGUAGAGAAAUUCCCAUGUCUUAUUUAAAUAAAGCUAUUAGUAAAAAGUA